AGCAAGUGGAUGAGGGAGAGAGAGGAAUCUAAAGGCAACUGUUGCUUAAGAAAUUUCUUCUUCAUCUUGCCUGUCUUGGAAGAAGCAGCUGGGAUUGGAUAUUGUGCGUUAAAAGGCACCAGACCCAAGAUAGAUCCAGACAGGCAGAACUCAACGGGAUGGAUGAGUUUAAAGAGAAAGCUCACUGCACAUUUCAGUUCACAUAUGUGGCAUCAAAACCACAGUGGAGACCUCUUUAUUGUCUUCUGUAGGAGACUUAACACCUUUCUUUCAUUUACCUGUGGAAGUUUGGACACUAGCACCUGUGGGUAGAGGCCAAUAUGAGGAACCAGCCUGGGAUUCUACUUCUUCUGGUCACAUGUCCUCUGUUGAGUAUCCUGCAGGGUGUCACCGGCAAGGCAGAGAGUGGACACUUGGGGGACAGUGACCCUGACAGGUGUAUGAGACAUCAUUUUGUCGAGACCAUCACACAUCCCAUCUACAAGUGCAAUUCCAAGAUGGUUCUCCUGGCUCGAUGUGAGGGUCACUGCAGCCACACGUCUCGCUCAGACCCACUGAUCUCUUUCAGCUCUGUCCUGAAGCAGCCUUUCAAAAGCACAUGUUUCUGCUGCCGUCCACACACCUCUAAACUAAAGGCAGUACGUCUGCGAUGCUCGGGCGGGACACGGAUAACUGCUACUUACCGUUAUAUCCUUGCGUGCAGCUGCGAGGAGUGCAGCUGAAUACAUUUGAGAAAUCAUGGAGAAAGACCCUCUAGCUAAAACAUAUAAAAAUGUUCAAGGUACAUGUUAUUGCUGAUGAUUCAGAGCAACCAUUUUACGAUUCAUUAGCACUGCCAAAUUGUUGCCAACAGACCAUCGAGACUUCAAGGAGAAUCACAUCUCUUGUAAAACAGCGCAUUCACUUGGAUUUCCAGAUGUUGGGCCGACAGUUGCACCUACGCAUGAGCUCAGCUAGUCAGUUUACUUUUAUUGCAUUCCAUUGUUUUGAUCAUUGCAUGUAUAAAAUAGUGGAUGCUGACAACAACAUCAUAAAUUACAAGAUACAUUUGAUGAAGCUAAGGGGAGUCUCUUUGGCAGACAAUAUUUUACUAUCUGUUUGAGACUUGAUACACAGACCAGGACAGAACUUUGGACAUUUUGUAUUUUUGCAUAGACCUGUAGGCAAAUUGAUGCAAAUGAUGGACUUUAAAAGUUUGAUGAUGAUUUGUGUGUAGGAUAGAAUUCAAGGUCUCUGGAAUUUGCCACACGUUCCAGUACACAUUUUUGCUUUAUUUUAUCUCCUUAAUAUUUCUUUUCUUUUUUUUUUAAAGAAAAAAGUAUUCUUGUACAAAUCGUAUUGCCACUGGGGAUUAUUUUAGACUAUGAAAGCCUCCUUACAAGUUUAUACCACUGCUUUUACUUUGGGGUUAACACAGAUCUAUCAUGCCAGUCUGUAUGCAGAAAAUGUCAGUGUUAAGUCUGUUUAUUUCAUCAUCAAAGACUUGCAAUGCCUUAUGAAACAUAAUAGCAGCAAGUUGUCAACUAAUCAUGUACAGUUAUGAUAACUAUGAUGUUUGCAUAGUGGAAAUGUACAGUAAAUGAUGAGUCCUACAGUUCAUGUGUAAUAAAAACAAAAUUAAAUGUUUCA